AUGUACGAUGAUAUGAACUCAGCAUAUACUGUGCACUUGAAGUUAACACUCGGGACCAGCUUUGGUAUCUUAGGCUCGUCGUUCAACGCUUCCACAGACCUGUUCAGGGCCAUCCUAUGCGGUGACCUGGACGGAGACUCUCUGAAGGAUUCGGGUCGCUGGGAUCGCAUAGGGGACCACAGCGCCAUACAACGCAUGAUUCCUCUCUCCGUAUCAAAUUCAGCUCCAGCGAAGCAGAUGAGGGCUAUUGCUGGCCUAGCGAUGUAUUCGAGAGGUUUGGACGAGUUCGCCUUCCAACCUUCGUGA